AUGUGGCCAUUAGCGCCACUAGUGAUCCGGCUGCUUGCCGUGUCACUGGUGGCGCUGGUCCUUGCCGACCCAGGCACGGACAGCGACACCUCUGCCCUAGCUCAGCCUUCGAAGCGCGCAAACAAAAUGAUACGUACCACGGUGCCUCCGCCGAGGAAGAGGCAACGACAACGCAACCGCCGCCGGACCACCACCACCACGACCACUACUGAAAUGUACGACGACGACGACUAUACCACGCCUGGAACAACCACCACUGUGGAUCCGAGGACUUACGAUCACACGGAGGUGGGCAGCUGUGAAGUGCCGCUGGGAAUGGAGAACGGCAUGAUAUCAAACGAAUCUCUAGCAGCAAGUUCCAGCUAUGACCAGAGCGUCUCGCCGCUUAGUUCAAGGAUACGGACUGAAAUACGAGGUGGAGCAUGGUGCCCCAAUGGACUGGUCACGCCACGGAGCCGCCAAUAUUUAGAAAUAGAUUUGCACUUCGAAUAUCUAAUCACUGCUACCGAGUCUCAAGGCCGAUUCGCCAACUCAAUUGGAGUGGAGUUUGCAGAGAGUUACGCUGUCGAGUAUUGGCGAGACACACUUAAUCGAUGGGUCAAAUAUAAAGACUUCAACGGCAGUCGACUAAUUCCUGGGAAUGUUAACACCUACACACCGCGUAAAACCACUUUGGAAGCCCCUUUUAUUGCAUCCAAAGUCAGAUUCUUUCCGUACGCUUCGCACCCUAGGACGACUUGUUUGAGAGUAGAAGUUUACGGCUGCCGCUGGAAACAGGCUCUUAUUGCGUACUCCGCACCGCAAGGUGGGGACAUGCAAGAAAUGACGGGUGGUGCACGCUUUGAAGACUUGUCAUAUGAUGGAAUAAUGCGCAAAGGAAAAAUGAUAAAUGGUCUUGGCCAAAUGACCGAUUCUUUUCUCGGCCCCAAUGACUUCGAAUUACCGGAUCCUUUAGAUACACGAGGAACUCGUUGGGUAGGCUGGAAUAAAACGAUGUUAUUGGAGGAUGAAGUUGAAAUAACUUUCAAUUUUAGUGACGGUAGAUUGUUUCAUCACAUGGAUAUCCACACCAAUAACAUGUUCACGAAAGAUGUGCAGCUCUUUAAAGAAGCGGAGGUAUACUUUUCUCUAGAAGGUGAACGCUGGCAAGAAGAUUAUAUUUCCCAUGAACCGAAACAAGACAAGGUGUCAGAACAUGCUCGAAACGUCCACAUCAACCUCGAGAACCGCACAGCAAAGCACAUUAUGCUGAAAUUGAAGUUUCAACACGAAUGGAUUCUAAUUAGUGAAGUCACAUUCGCGUCAGUUCCAACCUUCUUGAACACAUCGGUGGAAUAUCAGGAAGAGUACUACCAAUCUGGUCAUCCGAACUCUAGAAAGAAACGGAACUCCUCCCUCCGAGUGUCAGUUGGGCUUGCCUGCGGUGCUCUGGUCAGUGGAGGGGCUUUCAUCGCAGCCAUAGCGGUACUCGUUUCGAAACGUACACGACGCAGAAUCCCGAAUAUGUUAAAGAAGCCAUUUUGCCCAUCUUUACGGAAUUCGAACGCUAGGAACAAUCGGAGCGCACCGCGACUAGCUUUGGCUCUUGCUAACUGCCCACCGAUACACAUGAUGCGCCCUGCUGUGGUCGAUGAAGACUACCGGGAGCCAUACAACAUAUGGAGGGAGACACUGGGCCGUCGAGACAAGCGAGAAAUGUAUGACCAGAACGAGUAUAACGAGAUUUGCGAGGAUCCCGAGUUCCCACGGCCCUAUAUGAUGAAACGACCAGACCCACAAGAAAGCUUCUACGCGGCUACCGACAUCAUCCAUCACACAUAUCCCCACGAACGGUCCUUCCAACGCGAGCGCCCUGCUCCAGAACUCUUCACCUCUAUCAAAUUACCAGAAGCCGAGCCCCCAAACGGGGUGGCGCCCCUGCUGGAUUUCCCGCGGGGGCGCAUGCGACCGGUUACUUUCCUAGGCGAGGGACCACAUGGCACACUCCAGAUUUGCGAAACGGAUGGUAUCGAGGAACUGAGCGACGAGGAAAUGCCUAUCGGCCACCGCCGCCGGCUUGUUGUAGUCAAAACUUUAUGGCGCGGCUGCCCUAGCAAUAUCAAAGCGGCAUUUGCCCGCGAAGCUACUUGGGGCGCUGGGCUGAAGCACCCUCAACUAGCACGAGUACUUGGACUGAGCCUUCUAGAACCUCCAUGCGCAGCACUGGACCGAGGAGAUGCUAUUCCUCUUCCGACGAUUCUGAAGAUGGAACGCAAAUUGAAUUAUUCGAGUUUGAUUCACAUCGGUUGUCAAAUAGCGAGCGGCAUGAAGUACUUGGCCGAAUUCGAGUUAGUACACCGGGAUCUCGCCGCACGAAACAUCACCGUAACCGAGAAUCUAAACAUUAAAGUUGCCGACUAUGCUAUGUUUUGCCAAGAGUUUGUAAGCGACUAUCAUAUACUAGCGGACGGUUCCCGUACCCCCUUACGAUGGAUGGCCUGGGAAAGCUUACUAAUGGGAGUCUAUUCUCCAGCUAGCGACGUUUGGUCAUUCGGUGUCACCGUUUGGGAAGUGCUUACAUACUGCUCUGCUAAGCCCUUUGAAGAAAUGAACGAUAAUCAGGUGGUAGCGAACGCAAGUGAAUGGCGUAAUGGAGGCCGUGGGGCCCGUGUACCCGCUGCACCGCCUCCACGUUGCCGCAGGGAGCUCUACGACCUCAUGCACGAGUGCUGGCGCCGCGACCCCGCCCAGCGACCUCGCUUCCACGACCUGCACAGGUUCCUCGAACGCAUGAGCCUCGGCUACAAACCACCUUUACGCCGCUAAAUCACACGGACAGGGACUAAAGUUUUUUCCCUCAAUUAGGACACAUAGGACCAUUACUCUGAUAUCUGUAUCAGGCUUUCGUGGUUCGUCGUAGGGAUGGUGGAUGUAUAUAUGUUUACAUCCAACUAUGCCACUACAAAAUACAUAACUAUUUAGCGAGUUUCCGCCAGAUCAGACACAAUUAUUAUUACCUAUUCACGACAUUUUAGGAAGAUUAAAAUUCUUCACUCGGAUUUUACUAAGCGAACUUAGCGUCGUACGAGCUUUUAACAUUUCUCGAAUAUAAGGUGUUAGGAAUAGUAAGUAAUGUUUAAUCACUUAAAUGCUUUCAGCCCGAGGUGUAGC